AUGCGUGGGGAUCUUUGUUCUCAUGCCGAGGGAACGCUGAUUCCCGAGCUGCAGCGCCAGGGUCUCCGCAUACCUCUGCAGCCUGUUCCCGUUAUCGACGACAACGGAUACAUAUGCGUCGACCCUCCUGUGGACAUCCGAAGAGAGCUGCUAGACCACAAGGAGAAGUUCGCUGUGAUUGAGCACGACAUACAGGUUCUGACGGCCAAGAUCGAGUAUCUGGCCAUCCGCAAAGGCGUGACGUCGGACGAGCUGGACGCAGGGGCGCGCCAACACCUGGGUGCCGUGGUCGACACGCUGGUGCCGACGGCGACUCCACGCAAGCACGCCAAAGCAGAAACCACCGCGGACGGAAGUGGCCAGAUGGAGGUCGCGCGGACUCCUCCGACGCGUGCACUGGCGGCAGUGCCAUCAAUCUCUCCCUGUCCUGCACCUCACACACCUGCUGUGGUCAGGCAACAACAGCGCGGCCAUCUUGCACUGGCUUUGCGCAGCCGCGCUACGACUCCCGUGCCCGCAGCUCCAGGUAAUCCCGGAAGGGUCGCAAGCAGCGGCCGAACGGGAGUUAUGUGGAACGCAGCGAAGCAGAGGUACUACGUCCGGAUCAUAUCUGCUCGCCGUCAGCAGGUUCGUCUGGGGUCGUACGAGGACAAGGACGAGGCGUCAUACGCGUAUGCUGCGGGAGCCGUUGUACUUCGCCCGAACUCACGCAUCAGCUGCACGGUGGAGCUGUCCGACGGUGACAGGCAGGCUUUAGCCGGCUGCACCGAGGAGAUCCUAAGGCUACUCGUGAAGUACAGGCGCUGGAACAGAUGGAGGGAGUGGAGAGCCGCAAUGGCUGGCCUGGACGAUGCGCAGCCGGUCGAGACCCGUUCGCGGCGAAAGGGCAGAGUGUCCCGGGCCAUUAGUGACGUUGAGGAGGUGGAGGCGACCACGCAGACUACAGAGGACCAGCCUAUGGCUGAAGAGCCUGAGGACCCACCAGAGGACUACACGGAUGACGAUGAGUCCGUUGACGAUGAUGCUGUGUAUGAACUGGGAAACGAUGAUUUCGACGAAGAAGAUGACUGGGAGGAGGUCAACCGUGCAGAGGAGACUCGAGAAGUGCCGCUGCAGAUAUGCAGCGCCAAGGCUGUCAGGGCCGUCGACGCGGAGGCAGCCUGCACGCCCAUUGUCGCCAGCGCACCACAAGGGGAGGAGGACACCGGGCUGUGA